CGGACCGCGGAGGCCGGGCCCAGCCGCCCGCCCUGCGCCCCGGCGCUCCGCGCUGCGCUGCGGCCGGUGACAACACAGAGGGCAGAAGUUUCUAGAGGAUCUAAUGAGAGAGACGCUCACACAGGUGCCAUGACGCAGCAGCCCCAGGAGGGCUUCAGCAGGAGCAUGGAGGACGCCCAGGAGUGGAUGAAGGCCAUCCAGGAGCGGCUGCAGAUCAAUGACAACACCCAGGGGCCCCGCGCUGCGCUGGAGGCCCGGCUGCGGGAGACAGAGAAAAUCUGCCGGAUGGAGCCCGAGGGCCGCGUGAAGGUGGACCUGGUGCUGCAGGCGGCCGAAGCCCUCCUGGCAUGUUGCCUUGAGGACCAGAAGCCCGAGAUCCUGGCCCAGCUGAGGGACAUCAAGGCCCAGUGGGAGGAGACGGUCACCUAUAUGACUCACUGCCACAGCCGCAUCGAGUGGGUGUGGCUGCACUGGAGCGAGUACCUGCUGGCCCGAGAUGAGUUCUACCACUGGUUCCAGAAGAUGACAGUCACGCUGGAGCCCCCGGCGGAGCUGCAGCUGGGCCUGAAGGAGAAGCAGUGGCAGCUGAGCCACGCCCAGGUGCUGCUGCACAACGUGGACAACCAGGCCGUGCUGCUGGACCGGCUGCUGGAGGAGGCGGCCUCACUGUUCAACAGGAUUGGGGACCCCAGCGUGGACGGAGAGGCCCAGAAGAGGAUGAAGGCCGACUACGACGCCGUGAAGGCCAGAGCCCAGGAGCGGGUGGACUUACUGGCCAGCAUUGCCCAGGAGCAUGAGCAGUACCAGGCCAGUGUGGACAAGUUCCAGCUGUGGCUGAAGGCAGUGGUGGAGAAGGUUCACAGCUGCCUGGGACGGAACUCCCAGCUGACCACAGAGCUCCGCCUGGCUGCCCUGCAGGACAUUGCCAAGGAUUUCCCCAGGGGUGAAGAGGCUCUGGCGAGGCUGGAGGAGCAGGUGCCGGCUGUCAUUGGGAACACCUCUCCCCUGGGUGCGGAGAGACUCACGGCUGAACUGGAGGAGAUGCGGAUGGUUCUGGAGAAGCUGCAGGUGCUCUGGCAGGAGGAGGAUGGGCGGCUCCAGGGCCUGCUGCGGUCCCAGGGCGCCUGCCAGCAGCGCAUCCGGCAGCUGGAAGCCGAGCUCCGGGAGUUCAGGCAGAGCCUUGAGCGGCUGGGCCAGCAGGGCCUGGAGCCCGUGGUGCCCGGGGCCACGGAGGACCAGCUGGUGGCUCACUGGAGGCGCUGCUCGGCCACAAGGGCAGCGCUGGCCUUGGAGGAGCCUCGCGUGGACCGGCUACAGGUCCAGCUGAAGGAGCUGCUCGCCUUCCCUGACCUGCAGUCCUUCUCUGAUCAUGUGGUGGCUGCCAUCCAGGAGUAUCAGAGCAUGAAGGCCCUGAGCACCCGGCUCCGCAAUGCCACGGGGGCAGAGCUGUGGCAGCGUUUCCAGCGCCCCCUGCACGAUCUGCAGCUGUGGGAGGCCCUGGCCCAGCGGCUCCUGGACGUCACUGCCAGCCUGCCAGACCUGCCCUCCAUUCACACCUUCCUGCCCCAGAUCGAGGCAGCCCUGGUGGAAAGUUCUCGUCUGAAGGAGCAGCUGGCCGCACUGCCGCUGAAGGCAGACCUGCUGGAUAGCGUCUUUGGCCAGGAGAGAGCGCAGGCCCUGCUGGAGCAGGUGGCGGGGGCCGUGAGGGACAGGGACCUGCUGCACAACCGCCUUCUGCAGAGAAGGAGCAAGCUGCAGAGUUUGCUUGUCCAGCACAAAGACUUUGGGGCUGCUUUUGAACCCCUGCAGAGGAAGCUCUUGGACCUGCAAGUCAGGAUGGAGGCGGAGAAAGGGCUCCAGAGGGACAUCCCCGGAAAACAGGCCCAGCAUUCAAGGUUGCAGGCACUGCAUGGAGAGAGUAUGGAGCUGGGAGUCCAAAUAGAGGCGGUGAGGCCCCUCAUUCAGGAGAAAUCCAACCACCAGCACCAGCUGGACCAGCUUUGCUCCGAUCACCACACCCUGCAGAGGGCCCUGGAGGACCUGGUGGACAGGUGUGGGCAGAGCGUGAGGGAGCACUGUACCUGGAGCCACCGGCUGCUGGAGCUACGACAGUGGAUCGCUGUGGUCACACAGAUGUUGGCGUCAUACCGGGCAGAGGCAGGCUCCGGGGAGACCGAGCCCCAAGAGGUGGAGAGGCUGCUGGCGGAGCUCCCGGGCAAGGAGGCCCAGUUGCCGCUGAUGGAGGCCAUGGGCCAGCUGGUGAUGGAGAAAUCUUCUCCAGAGGGUGCGGCUGCGGUCCGGGAGGAGCUCCGGGAGCUGGAGGAGUCCUGGCAGGCCCUGAGGCAGCUGGAGGAGGCAGCGCUGAGGAGGAAAUGGCAGCUGCGGAUGACCCCAGUGGAUUCGGACAGGAAGCUGGUUUUCACCAACAACAUCCCCAAGUCUGGCUUCCUCGUCAACCCCGGGGAUCCUAUUCCCAGGCGGCGGCGUGGGGUGGGCCUGCGGGAGGCAGGGGAGGGCGGCCGUGAAGAUUUCCCCAGGCUGUUCGGGAACUUCGAGCAGUGGCUGCAGACAGAAAAUUCCAAGCUGAUCCGAAUUAUCGCGAUGAAAACCACCACAGCCCAGGAUGUGAGGGCCAGAGAGACAAAACUGCAGGAGCUGGAGGUUCGAGUCCCAGAAGGUCAGCAUCUCUUUGAGAACCUUCUUCGCUUGGGUCCAGCAGGGGACCGUUCAGAGGAGCUGGAAGAUCUGCGCUACCGCUGGAUGCUGUAUAAGUCCAAGCUCAAGGACUCUGGCCAGCUCCUGACGCAGAGUUCUCCAGGGGAGCCGACUGGAUUCCAGAAGGCCCAGCGAUGGCGGCGGCGGCGUUGGGGCCCCUGCUCCCUCCUGCAGAAGGCGUGCCGCCUGGCGCUCCCGUUGCAGCUCUUGCUCCUGCUCUUGCUGCUGCUCCUCUUCCUGCUCCCAGCUGGGAAGGAGCGGCGCAGCUGUGCCCUGGCCAACAACUUCGCCCGCUCCUUUGCGCUCAUGUUACGCUACGACGGCCCCCCGCCCACCUAGCCCACUGGGGUGCCCAGGAGCAGACGGCUGCUGUGUCGCUAACACUUCCAGCAGGAGCCAUGGAGAGGCCGCAGAAGCCCUCGGACGGGGUGUGCCGUGAAACCUGUGUGUCGCCCCCUUCUAGAGAGAGAGGGUGCCUAGAGUAUCCUGACGUGUGUGUGUGUGUGUGUGUGUGUGUGUGUGUGUGUGUGUGUGUGUGUGUGUGUGUGUAGUGAACAAGAGAAUGGGGGAAUGGAGACCCCACCAGAUAACCAUUGGUUACCCCCUUGUGGUCCUCCCUUGUCCUUUCCUUCCUAUCUCCAGAGCAUGACGGCCCCCAGCAUGUACUGAUGCGGUAAGGAUGGGCGGAGGGUGGAGCAGGCAGCAAGUGAGGUCAGGAGACCCCUGUAGGCGCCCCGUGGAGGGGCCGAGGUCUCUGGUCAUGAGUGGCACAGUUGUGCAUCUCCAGUGUGCCCAGCUUGGGCAAGAGCUUCAGCAGGGUUUACAGGGUUAUAUUAAAAAGCCAGAGGUAUUUCUGGGACACCAACACCCUCCUGGGCGUGGAGGACGUGGGAGCUGGGCAGUGUUAUCCACUUCUGUCUCUGGGGCUCUGUUCACCUUAGCCUUCUGGCAGGAAGCUGGGCCCUCGAUCAGUCCUCUAGAUCUGGAGAAUUCUGCUGCUCCUUUGGGCGUGAAGAUGCAGACGCCUGCGUUGCAGGGGUGUGUGGGAGUGAGAGGGGACAGGAGGUGGCACUUCUUCCUCUCCUGGCUUAAUGGGAAGGUGAGGCUCUGUAGACCUGCUUCAUACCCCAGACGGCCCAGCUGGAGAGGGCAGACAGGGACAUAGGACAGAAGGCAUCGGAGGCCAGAGAUGGCGACAAACUCAGUGCUACUGACCCUGCAUUGAAAAGUCAUGAUGGUGCUGUUUUGUGUUAUGUGUACCUAGCACUAUUUAAGAAAGGUGGAGGGAAUGAGACACAGAGACAGAGAGACAGAAAGGGAGACAGAGGCAUGGAGACAAUAUCGGAUCAAACCCAAUUUUCAGCUUGGUGCUAGAGGCUCACGCCUGUAAUCCUAGCUACUCAGGAGGCUGAGGUCUGAGAAUCAUGGUUCGAAGCCAGCCCAGUCAGGAAAGUCCAUGAGAAGGGAGGGCACAAUUGGUACCCUGGGAAUGUGGCUCGUGGCUCUGGGCUAGGGAGAGGCAGAGGUCACCAGUGGUGGUCUUUAGAGAAGGGAAAAAAUAUAUAUACAUACAUAUAUAUAUAUAUA